AUGCCUUUCAUUAACUUUUCUUCCUCGAGCUUUAUAUGGCCGGGGUAUAGACUGUUGGCUGUUUUCUUCUUGGCUGAGCUGUAUGGACUUAAUCCUCUGAUUAAUAUUAUUUUAUUUAUUUUAUUUGAAGGUUCCUCUGAACCAGUGAUAUAA